UACUCAAUCCAAUCCCAGCAGCAACUAAACAAAAUCGGAAACCCUAGUCCCCGAAUAACGCAAUUGGGCGAGAAAGAAAUCCAGCGGAAAGAAGCAACGAUGGUUUGCAUACGCAAGGCAACCAUGGACGAUCUUUUGGCGAUGCAAGCUUGCAACCUGCUUUGCCUCCCCGAAAAUUACCAGAUGAAAUACUAUUUGUACCACAUCCUCUCCUGGCCUCAGUUCCUCUACGUCGCCGAAGACUACAACGGCCGGAUCGUCGGUUACGUCCUCGCCAAGAUGGACGAGGAGAGCAACGAGUGUCACGGCCACAUCACAUCCCUCGCCGUCCUCCGCACCCACCGCAAGCUCGGCCUCGCCACUAAGCUCAUGAACGCCGCCCAAGCUGCCAUGGAACAGGUUUUCGAAGCAGAGUAUGUUUCUUUACACGUGAGGAAGAGUAACAGGGCAGCGUUUAAUCUGUAUACCCAGACAUUGGGAUAUAAGAUUCAUGACGUGGAGGCCAAAUACUAUGCUGAUGGGGAGGAUGCAUAUGACAUGCGGAAGCAGUUGAAGGCGAAGCCGAGUCAUCAACACGGUCACCACCACCAUCACCAUGGUGGUGAAUGUUGUUCGGGUGAGGGAAGAAACACUCAAGUUACUCAAACAAGAGGGGACUCAAAAACGGAGUCGAAAGCUAGCAUGAAAUUGGAGUCGAAAGCAGUAUGAUUACCGGAGGUAAACAUGAGUAUUCGCUGAAGAAUUGUGUGGCAUUGAUCUUUGCUGUCUGGUUUUGUUAUUGGUGGCUGAACUCUCUUUUCAGUGCAUUUCAAAAAUUAUGUUGGCUUCCUACAAUAUGAUUUUGCAAAGAGUUUUUCUCCUUAA